AUGGAUAACCUUGAGUUAUGUGAAGCAAACGACGCUCCUCUAACGCCCAUUACAUUCUUGAAGAGAGCUUCUGAAUGCUAUCCCAAUCGAACUUCCAUAAUCUAUGGACAAACUCGUUUCACUUGGACUCAGACCUAUGACCGUUGCUGUCGUCUCACCGCUUCUCUUCUCUCUCUUAACCUCGCCAAGAACGAUAUUGUAUCAGUUCUGGCCCAAAACAUACCGGCCAUGUAUGAGAUGCAUUUCGCCGUUCCCAUGGCCGGAGCAGUUCUCAACACUAUAAACACCCGUCUCAACGCAAAAUCCAUUGCUGGAAUCCUUCGCCAUGCACAGCCCAAGAUGUUAUUCAUAGACCGAAAUCUUGAGCCUUUGGCUCGAGAAAGCCUCCAACUACUACCACAUGAAGACUUAAAACAGAUCAUGAAGGUCAUUUACAUUGACGAGAACAAGAGUUCGUCAUCCAAGGAGUUAGACUAUGAGAGUCUCAUCCGUAAGGGAGAACCUACGUCCUCUUUGGUCGCACGUAUGUUUCGUAUUCAAAACGAGCAAGAUCCGAUCUCGUUGAACUACACGUCAGGUACAACGGCCGACCCGAAAGGUGUGGUGAUUAGCCACCGAGGAGCAUAUUUGACCACUUUGGGCACGAUUAUGGGCUGGGAAAUGGGGACCGGCCCGGUCUACCUUUGGACUCUGCCUAUGUUUCAUUGCAAUGGAUGGACUUUCACGUGGUCAGUGGCUGCGCGUGGUGGCACCAAUGUGUGCUUAAGGAACGUGACUACCCUGGAGAUCUUUAAGAACAUAAAACUGCAUGGCGUGACGCAUAUGUGUUGUGCUCCUACGGUCUUCAACAUUCUUUUGCAAGGAAAACCGCUUGACCUAUUAAAUAGGUCUGCCCCGGUUCAGGUGCUUACUGGAGGUUCAUCGCCUCCAGCUGCUCUUGUUAAGAGAGUUGAAAAGCUGGGGUUUCAAGUGGGGCAUACCUAUGGGCUAACAGAGGCCACUGGUCCAGCUCUCUUUUGCGAGUGGCAAGACGAGUGGAACAAAUUACCAGAGGAUAAACGAAUGGAGCUGAAGGGAAGGCAAGGUGUUGGCAUGUUAACCCUAGGUGAGUUUGACGUGAAGAACACUCAAACUGAAGAGAGUGUCCCACGCGACGGAAAGACGAUGGGAGAGAUUGUCAUGAAAGGAGGCAGUAUAAUGAAAGGGUAUCUAAAGAACCCUAAAGCUACAUUGGAAGCGUUUAAACACGGAUGGUUCAACACGGGAGACAUAGGUGUGAUUCAUCCGGAUGGCCACGUGGAGAUCAAAGAUCGUUCCAAAGACGUCAUCAUCUCAGGAGGUGAAAACAUCAGUAGUGUUGAAGUCGAGAAUGUUCUUUACAAGAAUCAGAAAGUGCUUGAGACCGCGGUAGUGGCCAUGCCUCACCCAGUGUGGGGCGAGACCCCGUGCGUGUUCGUUGUUCUAAAGAAGGAUGAGAAAAAUCAAGAAGAUCUUGAAGAUAAAUUGGUGACCAAAGAAGAAGACUUGAUUAAGUAUUGCCGUGAGAAUAUGCCACAUUUUAUGUGUCCGAGGAAGGUGGUAUUCCUUCAAGAGCUCCCAAAGAAUAGCAACGGAAAGAUUUUGAAGUCUAAUCUGAGAGACAUUGCUAAGGCUUUGGUUGUUGAUGGGGACAAUGCCGGUUCCAAGAAAGUUCAAAGACGCGGUGAUGAUUACGUUAGGUCCAGGCUUUAA